AUGGCGGAGGAAGGCGAGCGCUGCGAUCCCGACCGCGGCACGGCUCCUGCGGCGGAGGCUGGAGAUGGGGCUGAGCCGGACAGCCAGGCCGGGGAAGACCCCGCGGAGAGCCCCGACGUAUAUAGAUACAUUAAAGGAGACUUGUUCACCUCCGAGAUCUAUAAAGUAGAGAUACAGAACCUGCCCAAAUACAUUGGGUUUAAUGAUGUGAAAAAGUUCCUUGCCAAGUACGGGCUCAGUCCUCACAAGAUAAAACUCUUCGGGAAGCAGACGUUCGCCUUCGUGACGUUCAAGAGCGAGGAGGAGCGGGACAAGGCCAUGCGGGUGCUGCACGGCGCGCUCUGGAAGAGCCGCCACCUCAGCGUGCGCCUGGCCAAGCCCAAAGCCGACCCCAUCGCCAAGAAGAGGAAGCAAGAGGAGGAUUCGGAGCAGGGAGAGGCGAAGCGCCUGGCUCCCUGCGGAGAGGAGCCUCUGAGCAAGCGGAUCGCGGAUGUGGUGACCCCGCUGUGGAACGUGCCCUAUGAAGAGCAGCUGGCCCAGAAGAAGCAGGAGUGCGAACAAGUGCUGCAGAGGCUGACAAAGGAAAUAGGAAAUAACAACAGAGCUUUAUUACCCUGGUUGUUCCUGCAGAAGCAGAAGUUUAAUAAAUUGUGUUGCCCAGUGGAGGGAGUGAAAGCAUCACCCUUACAGACUGGAUAUCGCAACAAAUGUGAGUUCUUGAUUGGGAUUGGUGUAAAUCAAGAAGACAAAACUGUGGGUUGUCGCCUUGGCAAAUAUAAGGGUGGUACAUGUGCUGUAGUGGAGCCAUUUGAUACUAUUCACAUUCCUGCUAUUGCCAAAAAAGUAGUAAAAGCUUUCCAAGACUACAUAAGAUCAACUCCUUACUGCGUGUACAGCCCCGAAACCUACGAAGGGCACUGGAAACAGCUCACGGUGCGCACCAGCCGCAGCGGCCACAUCAUGGCAAUUGCUUACUUCAAUCCUCAGAAAUUGAGUAAAGAAGAGCUAGCUGACCUGAAAAUCUCUCUGGCAAAAUACUUCACAGAAGGGAUAGGAAAGAGCAGUGGUGUUACUUCCCUGUACUUUGUGGAGGAAGGACAGAGGAAAUCUCCCAAUAUAGAAGACUUGCCUUUGGAGCAUGUGGCUGGUGAUAAGUACAUAUAUGAAGAACUCCUUGGACUAAAAUUUAGAAUUUCUCCUCAUGCAUUUUUUCAAGUGAACACACAAGCUGCAGAAGUGUUGUACACUGCCAUUGGGGAGUGGGCACAACUGAGCCAAGAGAGCACCGUGCUGGACAUCUGUUGUGGGACAGGAACCAUUGGGAUUUCUUUAGCAAAGAGGGAUCUUCUUCCUUUAAUUCUACAGAGAGUGAAGAAGGUAAUUGGAAUUGAGCUCUGCCAAGAAGCUGUGCAGGAUGCCAAAGCAAAUGCCCAGAUUAAUGAACUGAGUAAUAUUGAAUUUUAUUGUGGGAAGGCAGAAGAUAUUGUUCCUUCCCUAAUGAACGUUUUAGCUCCUCAGAACCUGAUCACAAUUGUAGAUCCACCACGAGCAGGGCUGCAUUCCAAGGUAAUUCUUGCCCUUAGAAGAGCUGAACAUCUGAAGAAGCUCAUCUAUGUCUCCUGCAAUCCCAGAGCUGCAAUGAAUAACUUUGUGGAUCUGUGCCGGGCCCCUUCCAACAGGGUGAAAGGAGCCUCCUUCCGGCCUGUGAGAGCCAUGGCUGUGGAUCUGUUCCCUCAGACCAGGCACUGUGAGUUACUGAUCUUCUUUGAGAGGGUGGAAUACGCCAACGGCAGCUCUGCAGCAGCAGCAGCGAUCACAGCAGCAGCGUGCAGGGCUGGGGGCGUGGAUGGCAUCAGCUCUGCAGCCGGGGAGGGGAGCCAGACAGCUGCUGGCCAUGGCCACUGCAGUCCAAGGGAGGGCUCACCUUAAUUCCUGAGAGACUGCAGAAACUGCUUUUGCUUUUUAACUGCACUAAAACAUCACUUCUGUA